ACUCAUUUCCCAGUUAUCUACGAGUGAACGACCCAGGAAAAUGUUCUUCUUAACCCGGAAGUUGAUAGUGCCUGUGAGUGGCGUAUGCUAUCAAUGUGACUUCAUACAAUCAUCUUUUCAAAAUGUUUCUCACUGCGGUGAAUUUGGCCAAGGGCAAGUCUAAGACUGUCUUGGUUCAGAUGAUGAGCGCGGCCGGCACGGGCUACUGCUUCAACACUAAAAAGAACCGUCUGCGGGAGAAGCUCGUGCUCCGGAAACAUGACCCCUUAGUGAAUAAGCAUGUCCUUUUCCACGAGAAGAGGAAGAUCCGGUCCAUUUAAAAAGUGCGGCACGGGCGGCGAAGAAGCUGGAGGUUCUGCGGCGUGAUUAGAGAACGGCUCAGUGUCCAGUCUGCAUCGUUUUCUGGGUGUCUUGUCUGCGCAGAGCUGGGACUGGGACUGGGCCUCAGAGUGGCAGAGAGGCUCCCUAUCUAUCGGGGAUCAAUCCAUGGCAAAGAACGUCCAGCAUAUUCGCAAAUAUAAACUCUCAGCAAUCAGGAGCUCAGUAAAAACACCGUCUCACACAAUGAGCAAUCUUCCGUUUUAAAUUCCCUCAGCAGGCCUUUGAAGGGACUCAAACACGUUGGCUGGCAUUCAAUCAAUUUGUCCUUAAUUUUGACUAGUAGUUACAUUACAUUACAGGACUUGCACAACUUUUUUGUGUUGCAAGCCGCUCUGGAAAAAAAUAUUCCAGUUAAAAACUAGAAUAAUUUUUUGUCUUCACAAAGACAGUCUGGCGAAUUCAGCAAUCGCUACGGCACGCCAAACUACUUCAGAGUUGAGAACAAAUAUUGUUUGAAUACAGGCCUGAGGAUUCCCCCCCUCCCCCCACAUGUAAAAAUUUGAAUACAUCUUUGAGUACUCAACACAGGUCUCCCAUUAACAGUUAAUGUCUGGUCAUGAGUGCUGGUUCAGAUGUAAAGAUCUGAGAUAAAAUCGUGACGUAUAUUAGCAUUUCCUGCGUUGUCUGAUACUCUUGUACGUAAGUUUCAGAUAAGAAUAUUCCAUUUUGAAAUGGCCUUCCUUGUGUCAGACUACAUUUACAUUGAUGUCAUUAUAUUCGUGUAAAAAAAAAAAAAAAUUAGCAACAGGUUUUACUGUGUUCCCAUUUCUCACAAUUAAACAGUGAUACCUCA